AUGGAUCCGUACCAAUCACCAUAUCUGCCAAUUGUUCCCAGAAUUCUUCCAUCUCAAGAUUCACCCAAGAAAAUUCCAAUGUUUGACGACAGAUCUCAAUAUGUUGACAAUUAUCCAAGAUCGCCAUAUGGAAGUCCAACGAACUUUCAACCAUUAUCAACAAAAAAUCAAUUAGCAAAUAAUGAAAUCAAUCAUCAAGAUAAUCCAUACUCUAAUCAAUCAUUAUCUCCAACUAGUUUUGAUAAUUCAUCACCAGGACGAAUGAAAAAUCGUAUUUAUACUGAACCACUUAAAGAUAAUAGUAAUGAUAAUAUUCCUACCAAUUCCUAUUCAGGAUAUGGUUAUCCUCCUAAUUACUUUAAUAGACCAUAUGACAAUAUUAAACGAAACUCGUCUGAAGAUAAGAAUAAUGUAUGUACAAACACAGUACUUGCUGUGUUUGGAAUUAUUAUUGGAUUAUUUGCUAUCACAGCAUUAGCAAUUAGUAUUUAUUUACUCGUUAGAAUAUCAACCCAAUCAGUAUAA